GGUGUGUGACUUCAUAUUCUGGGAAAUGGAAAGUUUCUGUACAGAACAGAACUCAUAUCCGUCCACUUUGCUGUGGGAUAGGAGCCGUGUGUGCCGGGUUGGGAAGUGCCAGUGCCAAUAAAUAAGCGGGGCAUUUCACUGUAGCCUGGGACGUGUGACUACAGGAAUGGGGGGAAGGCAAAAUCAUAUCAUUUCAGCCGUACUGUGCCUGAUCUCAGUGCUGGGCUGUACAGGAUCAUUCGCUGUCACUGCUCAGCAGGAUAUUCUUCCUUCCCCAAUUAAUAUCACCUGGAAGUUUGAAAAUAUGUUUACUUUGCGUUGGGAAUGGAAAAUGCCAGCAGGUUACCAACAAUGUCAAUUCCUCACUGAUGUUAUACCAAAUACAAAUCAAAAGACCAAAACUCAACAUAUGUUCCGGACAUUGGAUGUUCACAAAGUGGAUUUAAACAAUCAAAUUACCUUCAAAGUUGAAGCAGAAUGUAACGGAACCAAAAUCAAACCGGCAGAAAGCCAUGUUUUGUUAAUACCAGGAAAUAAAGUCUAUGUAAAAAAUUUUGCUUGCAUUUAUUUUGAUGAGGAUUACAUGAACUGCACAUGGGAACCUGUUGUGGAUUCAGUGCCUGCUACAGACUAUGUGUUGCAUUACUGGGAUAAACAAAACAGCACUGCUUCUGAAGGGAUUAUCAAUCCAUCUGCAAAGUUUGAUCAGUUAUUGAACAGCGGAACUCCUUGCCAGCAUUAUAUAUAUAAGGAUGAUAUUCCUCUUGGUUGCCAUUUCAAAACACUUUCUGUCACAAGUCUCUUUCUAAUGGUGAUCAGAGACAAAUCCAACACAAUUCGUCCUUUUGUAGCAAGUGUUACACCUGAUGAAGUAGUAAAGCUAAGUCCUCCAGUCAUCAUCAACACAACAAGAGUACCCAACCAUAGCAUAUUUGUGCAAUGGACCACAACCUUUAAACCAUCUUGUUCUUAUAUAGACAGUGAAGUUGAAAUUACAAAUUCAAAGGAUAAAGAAGAAAAAAAAGAGCUGCUAAACGACUGCACCUAUGCCAGAGAAUUUAAUGCUAUACCAGAGCUAACAUACAAAGUUCGGGUUCGGGUCAAACUAUCAGCUAAAAUCUCUCCAAGUUUAUUGUGGAGUGAAUGGAGCGAAGUACAUGAAAUUAAAGGUACUGGGGAUCGUAACAUCACAUUUUAUUUGUUGCUAAUCCUUAUUCCAAUUUCAGUAUCAAUUGUGACAAUUAUCAUCCUUAUUUACCUGAAAAGAUUAAAGAUCAUUGUCUUUCCUCCCAUUCCUGACCCUGGGAAAGUAUUUAAAAAGAUUUAUGGUGACCCAAGUGAAUUGCAACAAUGGAUGAAGUAUGGAAAAGUGAAUGUCUCGAGUAAACCUGCCAAAGAAGAGAUUUGCUCUGUGACUUUGGUAGAGACUCCCUUGUUUUCCAGUCAGGCAGAAUGAAAAUGAAUGAGUGGAGUGACUGUCAAUGCAUCACUUGCACAUGGAGCUACCUAUUCCCACUCUCUCAAUAAAUAGCGUGUGUGCAUUAGGAAAAAUGUAUAAAUGUAAAUAACACCCUGUUUUUUAACAUCGGAAAAACAAAUCAAAGAUCCCUGUUAGUGACAAAGCAAGUUUGUAUAGAAGACAAUGUGUGUUCUUCAGUAAUAUUUUUAAAAGAGAUUAUUUUUGUUUACAGAUAUAAUCUACAAUAAAUAUAGAUUGUUUAUUGUUUGGACACCUCAAGUGAUACAAUCUAUUUGGGCCAAAAUAUAUACUGGGGUGCAGGUGUUUCAGAGAGAGCUCACAGUGCUAUUUAUUGGUAAAGAGAUACUAGAAUUGCAUUUGGAGAGGGCUAGACAGCUCAGGCAUUGUAAACUUGAGCAUAUAACUGCAAAAGGAUGGGUCUGGAUGAUAAGAUACACAUUGUUAAAGGAGGGGUGCUUCGGAGCUACAGUAUUACUAAACUAUCACUAAUAAAGGGAUAACCAUAAUUACUAAGUCUAGAAUAUGGCCACAAAUUGUCAAAGCCUGCUUCCAAGUAAAUACAUUUCUGUAGCUCUAGAGCAGUGAUCCCCAACCAGUGGCUCAUGAGCAACAUGUUGCUCACCAAUCCAUUUAAUGUUGCUCCCAGAGGCCUCAAAGCAGGUGCUUAUUUUUGGGAUCCAGGCUUGGAGGCAAGUUUUGGUUGUAUAAAAAUCAGAUGUACUACCCAACAGAGUCAGUCCACAUAGAGCUAGCCAAUCCCAACCCAUAACUGGCACCCCAAGAACUUUUCUAAUGCUUAUAUUGCUCUCCAACUUAUUUGAACAUGGCACACCGGGUAGAAAAGGUUGAGGAUCCCUGCUCUAGAGUCUUGAUUAAAUAAAGACCCCUACCUGCUCAUAUAUUGCAUCACUACAGUUUUGUUCUUUUGGAGUUAUAACAAAUACCAAACAUGCUAGUAAUUAAUGAGAUGCAAAUUCUGAUAUCACUUUCUCUGUAAAAAGUACAAUAGUUUCGGAUCCUGCAGGCCUCCAACAAAAGCUGAGGUAGUAUUACAAUUACAGAGCAUGAGAUACCAAAUUCUACAUUAAAUGUAAUGCUAUUACAAUACUUAAAGGACUAGUAACACCACACAAUUAAAGUGUUUUACAGUAAGCCUCAAUUUUACAUCCCCUGAUUUUGAGUUUUCCACUUUUUCCACUGUUUUUCUGUGGUCCCACCAAUAUAUAAUUCCUAUACAGUUCCCUAAUAUUACUUUUUCCCAGAUUUACAACAUAUUUUCUGGAUCUGUGAAAAUCAUACUGGAUAUGCACUUAAAUGUAAUGUUAUGCUACUUUGGAAUUCUGCUUGGUUUUCAGAAUGUUGAAGUAUUUAACCAGAGAGCCACUUGAAACAUCAGGCUCUUCCAAUCAGGCUGGUUCAAAACUGUAUGGGUGGCAACCCUAGGGCUGCUAUUCAAGACAAAUAGGGAAAUAAAGCACAGGUUUACAAAGUAGAUAUCAGAUAAGCGGUAAAGACUACAUAUGGGAUUUGUUCUUCAACAGGAAGAUAAACAGGAGCAAAAAGCAAUUUAUGGCUCUCUACAGAACUAGAAAAUGAAAACCUCUCUCAUAUAAAUAUGACACUUAAAUUGUUUAUUUGCAGAUGCUUAAUCAAAAGAUACAGGCUUCAUAUGUUAUAAAAGUUAACUUUGUAAUCACUUACACUGGUCCUUUAAGAUGUAUCUAC